AGCUCAGUUUUGUGCCAAGUUUUCGCGUACAAUUACAAAACGCCGAAACGUCUGUUGUGCUUCCUUGUUUUGUAAUUUUCUAAACAACUGUGCUCACAGUCAUCGACGAUGCAAUUGUGAAUAUACACCUGUGGUUCAACAAGAGGAUAUAAGUGCUGUUUGAAGUGUGUUGUUGUGAUGUGAUAAGGACUAGAUUGUAAAUGAAAAUAGCUUACAAUCACAACUUGACAGUCACUUACAAGUGCCUUCUAAAUGUAACAAACAAUUGACUCUUUUUACCGUUACAUCACUCUAUAUUGAAAUGGCUCGUUUAAGUAGGCGGUGCUAUGUGAUAAGGAAGUGACAUGGUGUUAUCAGUGUGACCUUGACAUGCGGUCGUUAUCAUGGAAUCUCCAGGGGAUACAAUCAGCGGCGUUAUCAAUGCUUGGAAUGACAUGAUUGAGACGGAAAAUGAAUCAAUACGGGAGAGAGUAUCAGACUUGGAGAAGAAGGUGCUGGAGCAAGGAGAUGAGAUUGUGUGUCUGAGGUCAACUUUGGCCGAUGUUCUGCGGAGACUCAAUCAGCUGGAGGGGUCUCGGCCCGUCACUACACCACUCAAGAAUGGCUCUCUCAGAGCUGUGGGUAAUCACACAGUCUCACACAACAACCACACAGUGCUUGGCUCACAGAAGGACCUGCGCUACAGACCCAACCCUUCCCCUGACACUAACAGUAACAAGGAGCCGGUGAGACGAGUGCCGAGCUAUCAGACGCCUUCAUCUCUCCCACAGAGAUUACACAAGAAUUUUGGUUCUCUGCGAACACUCAGCAGAUUGCACCAGGAUACCCAGAGUUCUUUGAGAAGAAGAGUGGUCCACUACCAGUCCACGGGGUCGCUACACUCAGACUCUCCCAGCUCCAGCAGUGUGUCGCCUGUCCCCACCUCUCCCUCUCCCUCUCCCACUCGCCCCUCGGCCAAGACACCCCCAGCCACACACCCACACACCCCCUCUGGCAGUCUGUUUCUCAGCAAACGAUGGAGCUCUACGGGAGACUUCAACAGUGUCAACAGUCCUUCUCACAGUUCUAGGCUUGCAACAAAAUCACUGUUUAAUUUGUACAUGAAGCCCAACCCAUUGCAGAAUCACUCUCCACAGCUUAAACAUGGUACGCGAGAUGCAGCAUACAACGAGGAAGAAGGCACGUUGAGGAUGUACCUACGUGGUCGUCCAGUAGUCCUCUACGCCCCGUCACCAUUGGUCGACAGCUAUGACAUCACUAAGGUCGCCCCACCACCACAUCACAAGUUAAAACUCGACUGGGUUUACGGGUACCGAGGCAGGGAUUGUCGUAGCAACCUCUACCUGUUGCCUACAGGUGAGAUGGUGUACUUUGUGGCGGCCAUUGUGGUUCUAUACAACGUAGAGGAGCAAAGUCAGAGACAUUAUGUAGGACACACGGAUGACGUCAAGUGCCUUGCAAUCCAUCCAAACAAACUGCUAGUGGCAACUGGACAGACUGCAGGACAUGAUAGCAGGGAAGGCAGGCCUCAUAUCCGAGUAUGGAACUCAGUCAGUCUCAGCACAGUUUGUGUCCUCGGCAUAGGAGAGUUUGAGAGAUCAAUUUGUUGCCUGUCCUUCUCUAAAGCUGAUGGAGGUGCUCUUUUGUGUGCUGUAGACGAGGCCCAUGAUCACAACAUCUCAGUGUGGGAUUGGCAGAAAGGGGACAAAGGCUAUAAGGUCACAGAAACGAAGUGCUCGGUGGACACAGUCGUGGCUGCAGAGUUUCAUCCGCUGGAGCGCAACUGUAUAGUGACCUGCGGUAAAGCUCAUAUAAGUUUCUGGGCACUGGAUGCAGGUGGGACUCUGUACAAGCGGAUGGGAGUGUUUGAGACCCGAGACAAACCCAAGUACGUCACCUGUCUAGCCUUCACACAGACGGGAGACGUGCUCAGUGGAGACAGUAACGGGAACGUGGUCGUGUGGGGGAGAGGUACCAACACGAUUGCCAGAAUAGUCCGCAAUGCCCAUGAAGGAUCUAUAUUCAGCAUCUGUGUUCUCAAGGAAGGAAGUAUAGUGACAGCUGGAGGCAAAGACGGAAGACUGAUACAAUUUGACAGCAACUUCCAACCCACUGGCUAUGAAGCUCAGAUCGCCGAGCACCUGGGAGGGGUCAGGACAGUCUCCGAAGGUCGUGGAUCGCAGUUGUUGAUUGGCUCCACCCGCAACUGUAUCCUGAUUGGCUCGUUGGACGUCGGCUUCAGUCCCGCAGUCCUGGGACACACGGACGAGCUGUGGGCCCUCUCUCCCCACCCCUCCCUUCCACAGUUUCUCACUGCAGGCUUUGACAAGAUUGUGCAGCUGUGGGACUGUAUGUCUCGCAGUGUCGUGUGGAGCAAGGACAUUGCGGAGCAAGCGCAGUCUGCUGCGUUUUCCCCUGAUGGCAGUGUUAUAGUAAUCGGAGCUGUGACGGGACGAUGGCUCGUCAUGGAUUCUGAGACUCGGGAGAUCUACUCUGUACACACAGACGGAGGGGAACCUAUACAGGUUGUCAAGUUUUCUCCCGAUGCAAGAUACCUGGCUUUGGGUUCCCGAGAUAACAACAUCUACAUCUACCAAGUGGGAGAAGACAUGAGAAAAUACAGCAGAGUCGGACGUUGCACGGGCCACUCCAGUUUCAUCACACACCUCGAUUGGUCAGAAGACAGUCAGUACGUCAGAAGCAACUCGGGCGAUUACGAACUGCUCUUCUGGAAUGCCGGUCUAUGUCGCCAAAUACCCCAGAGCGCUUCCAUGAGAGAUAUACAGUGGGCGUCACAGAACUGUGUACUGUCUUUCUCAACUGUGGGAAUCUGGCCAGAAAACGCAGAUGGAACUGAUGUGAAUGCUUGCGAACGAUCACACGACUCUCGGCUCCUAGCAACUGCUGAUGACUUUGGCAAAGUCAAACUCUUCUCCUACCCAGUCACACAGCCCAGAUCGCUGUGCCACACUUACGGAGGCCACUCCAGUCAUGUAACCAACGUCGCUUUUCUCUUUGACGACUCUCGUAUAAUCUCGAUUGGUGGAAAAGACACAAGCGUUCUACAAUGGAGACUAACGUAGUCAAACAAAAUCUCUGAUCUAUACAAGCGAUCAUCACAUACUUCACUCAGCAUGAUAAGUGGAGGAUUUGAGCUGAGAUGUUUUAAUUUAAUGUUUCAAUUUUAAAAUUUACAGUCUUGUCUUAUACAUCCAGUAAGAAAAUUCAGGCAGAAAAUAUUAGUACCUAAUAGCACAGUAAAUACCUCACUUGAUUUCUUCUGAUCAAAACCUUUUGCUUUCUAGCUAAUAUUACUCAAGUGAUUUGUCCCUGAUAAGACUGAAUGUUUUGAACCGAACUCAGUUCACUGAAUCAUACCAACACUUUAAAGUGACCUUCACUUCAGGAUCUGCCGUCCCUGCAAAGUGCUUUUGUAGAUUUUUGUAUAUUUAUUUAAUCAUUUAAGUGUAUUCUAGUUCCAACUAUUUCUAAGAAAACGUAUAGCCUAAAUGUAUAAAGAAUAAGGUAACACAUAUUUAUUAUUUCCACAUCAAAUGUGGCCUAGGUACCAGCACAUUCCAUUUAAUUGUACAUUUUUAGAAGUCAGUUUAAUUUUUAGAUAUGAAGAGUUUAAAUUUUGUAAUAUGAGAGAAUGUUUGAAAAUAGACCUGCAUAGUGCAUGUUAUGGAAUUGUACGAUAUUACAUAUUGAUUAAUAGUUCAACAAGUAAAAUAAAUUUAGUGUUUUGAGUUCCACAUAUUUAAUUUUAUUCUUAAAAGCAGUUGUAAUAUUAUUCACCUUCAAAGUUUUUUCUUGGAUUUGUAAAACUCCUUUCCAGUUUGUAAGUUACAACACACUCUUUUAAACAGUUGUGUAGCUCUUAAGCAAUGUGGAAUCAUGAAAAAAUAUAAUUUUAUAAAUUUAUUUUACAUACUUUUAAA